UGUAGCACCGCACACGUAUAUAUACAGACACGGGAUCACUCGGCGUUGGGAUAAGGGACUGCCCGGAAAGAGAUGAGCAGGGUGUGCGUCACCGGAGCGGCGGGGUACAUCGCGUCCUGGCUCGUCAAGAAGCUCCUCGAAAGAGGCUGCACCGUCCACGGGACCCUACGGAACCUCGGGGAUGAGAAGAAGACGGGGCUGCUGAGGGGGCUCCCCGGCGCGGCGGAGCGGCUGGUGCUGUUCGAGGCGGACAUCUACGACGCCGCCUCCUUCGAGCCGGCAAUCCAGGGCUGCGAAUUCGUCUUCCUCGUCGCCACCCCGCUGCAGCACAACUCCGGCAGCUCCAAGUACAGGGACACCACCGAAGCGAUCGUGGACGCGACACGCACCAUCCUGCAGCAGUGCGAGCGGGCCAAGACGGUGAUGCGUGUCAUCCACACGGGCUCUGUUGUCGCGGCCUCGCCGCUCCGAGCUGACGGCAAUGGAUACAAAGAGUCUGUCGACGAAUCCUGCUGGACCCCACUCGGCCUGUCCUACGGCCACAGCAAUGAUGGCUUGGAUGCUUAUGUCUCCUCCAAGACCAUCUCUGAGGAGGAAUUACUCAAGUACAACGAUGACUUCUCCAAGCGCAGAGCAUUCGACGUUGUUGUCUUGUUAUGCGGCGUCGUGGGAGGAGACACAAUCCUGCCAUACAUCAGCGACAGCAUCCAUGUCAUGUUGUCGCCUCUAACCGGCGUCGAGGUCUACCACAACUCCCUCAAGUUCCUACAGGCCCUCCUCGGCUUCGUACCAUUGGUACACGUCGAUGACGUCUGCGAGGCACACGUCUUUUGCAUGGAGAAGUUGUCCGAUGUUGCUGCGGGCCGAUACCUUUGCGCCACCGCGCACACCAACAUGCAGGACAUCUUGGAGCACUACGUCUGCAAGCACCUCGAGCUCGAGCGGAUCAAAGAGGUGGUGGGAGAGGGAGUGCGAGUGCAGGCUAACACAAAGAAGCUUGUGGAGCUGGGGUUCAAGUAUAAGUAUGGAGCAAUGGAGGUGCUUGAUGGCAGCGUGGAUUGCGGGAAGAGAUUGGGAUUGUUGUGAUGUGCAUGUGCAUCACAUUGACCGUGUGCUAGCAAACAUUUGACAAUCCAACAUUAUAUAUGUAAAACUUAUUUAUUUGGAUUUUUUUCUUGAAAUAUGUUGACUUUGUUGCUAUUUUUAUCAUUAUUUUUGGA